AACGACCGAAAAAUCUCCUCAGACAUUUGCACCGACGACAGACGCCUCGUACAGGCGCACAGCGAUGCAACCAUUUGAGCUGACCGUGGAGCAAAAUCAAUAUUCGUGGUAUCGAUUCGUGACCUAACUCGAGCUUGCGUCGACUUUGAUCAUUUCGACACUUGUUUGAACCCCAGCUUGUCCGCGUGGUCCACCGCCAUUUCUUACAGCUUGACCACGGCUGGAUAUAAAGAUAAAUCAACGUCCGGCACUCAUAUUUAUCAGGACCGGAGAACUCAAUCACGACAUCCGGAUCACCGCCUAGGCCCUAUCACGCCAUCUGGGUAGCAACUUGAACCAUACCCAGCCACCAAAACAAACGGUGGAAACCGUCAUGCCUCUACCAUGUUCACCUGCAUCCACGUCCGAGAAGGGAGACAGCUCCAGGUCGGCAACGGAAUACGACUCUGAAAGUGACCUCAUCACACCGAGGCCGGGGCCAACCAACCCCUCCUUGCGCACCCAUGCCAAUUUGUCGACGCCUGUGCUGCCUUUUUCAUCCUGGUCCAGCAGCCGUGACCAUCGCUUCUAUGACUUUACCAGUGAAAGUGAGGUUGAGCGGCCCAAGCGAGGUGUUUAUCAUAGCACUACCGCCAGCGAAGUCGAAGAGGGCCAAUCCAAGCACGACGGUCUAAAGACUUCUACUCUGGAAUCUGUUUCGACCGAGCCAUCUGGAGAUCAAAGUAAAGCUGUCAAGCCUGCUACACCUACUGGCGACACAAAAGACAUCGGAGACCGUCUGGAAACCGAGGGUCACCCGUACAAACCAUUCGCGAAGCCUGAAGGAUCCGAAAGCUCAAAGAAGAAGAGUCCCCGAUCAAGUCCUAGACCGAGUGCCGGAAGUCGCCAGAGAUCCAGUCCAAAGACCAGUCCACGCCAAAGCCCCGAACGAAGUGCAAGACCCCAUUCCAAGAACCUACCAAGACAGGCGUCCACCGGCUCCUUGACAUCUGGCAAGGUCUCACCAUCGCUCGAACCGCGCCGCAGUGUCACCUUCUGUUCUACGGUUUCCACUCGACCAGAAGGCUCUGACAGGGCAUCGUCAUUCAUGUCGCGACGCAACAACUCCCAUUCGGACCGGGCACGCGAUGAAGCUGAGAGUAGUGCAGAUGAGAACACGGCGAUUGUCAGGCGUAGGACAGGAGUCGGCACAUACGGAAGUACAGAUCCGGAACAUACUGUCGUGGCAGCUGGGUAUGAUGGUGCCGCAGAAGAGGGACUAGAGCGCGAGUUGAGUCCGAUUGAGCGCAGGAGAAAGAGCGGUACAUGUCAACGAACCGCGAGUACACGUGGAGGUAGAGACUCGAGGCAAGGUAGUGUUGGUACUGGGCAGGAGUCUGAGGACGAAGCAGAGAGAGAGCAUUAUUGGAGACAGCUGGUCGAGAAGUAUGGCAGCGUUGAGCUCGAGAACAAGGGCAGUGUAGCCCGCGAUCACCUUGCGCUGGAACGCACGUUUCUGGCGUGGCUGCGCACCUCCCUCUCGUUUGCAUCAAUCGGCAUUGCCAUCACACAACUAUUCAGGUUGAACACGUCAAUCUCAAGUGAUGGCGGCUCAGAUGGAUCGGCAUCGGCAGCGGCAGUCAACAGCAUUGACAAGCAGAGGUUGCGACAAUUGGGCAAACCACUAGGGGUCACCUUUCUCGGAGUGUCAAUUCUCAUCCUUCUACUUGGCUUUCACCGAUAUUUCGAGAGCCAACACUACGUGAUCCGGGGCAAAUUCCCAGCAUCAAGAGGUAGCAUUAUGAUAGUUUCGUUUGUGGCGGGAGCGUUGAUUGUGGCGAGUCUGGUGGUUGUAUUUGCUGUCGCACCUUCUGCUUUCGAGACAUAGUCGGGUCACUUGUCUACAGUAGAUGGGUCGAGUAUAUACAUGAACAUAGUGCAGGUGUCGAGGUGUUUAUCAGAUGAUGGCUGCCACGUGAGUUAGGAUUGACGCAGAUGAAACGGCGGGUUCUUGGAAGCUUCUGGCUCCCGACGCGGAGAGUGGUGAGCGUCAUGUUGAUGGGC